AUGACCAAGGAUGUCAACAGGAUUAUUUCAUCAGAUCUGCAAGAUCCACAGGAUUGUGCCCUGUUACAGGUGUUCUGGGUUGUUAACCCACUGACACAAAGCCAGUUUGCUGCUCAGCACUUGCUAUGGAGGAGGUUUGGAAUUAAAAUGCAAGCUGAAGACCAUAUAGCAUCAGAACCACGGAUUAAAAAACUGGAACCAGUACUUCUGCCAGGUGAAAUUGUGGUAAAUGAAGUAAAUUUUGUAAGAAAAUGCAUUGCAACAGAUACAAGUCAAUAUGACCUGUGGGGCAAAUUGGUUUGCACUAACUUCAAGAUUUCCUUUAUUACGGAUGACCCAAUGCCACUACAGAAAUUCCAUUAUAAAAACCUCCUCCUUGGUGAACAUGAUGUCCCGCUAACAUGCAUUGAGCAGAUUGUCACAGGUAUGUCAAAAAUAGUUAAGUAUGAUGACAGGCUUUAAACUUACUCAGUUCAAAACUGUUAACUGCUUGUUAGGUUGUGC